AUGAAGCAGUAGAGGGAUGGCUGCAGACAUUGGCAGCAGGUGAUCCAUUUCCAGUUUUUAAUACAUUCACUGGCUGAAUGCGGACUCCUUGUUGUAAGACAGGUGACUCCUGACAAGAUACCACUUGUUUAGAAGUGUGUACCGUAUUUCUCUGUCGCUUUCCUUUUAUUUUACUACUAGGCGCUGCUGUUUGCUAGCUUUGAUUAUGGUAUGGACAAUACAGACCCUCUAACCCUACCUGAAAUUAAUUGUAUCACAAAAUAGUUGUUCGUAGUUAAUACUAUUUGCACACCACAAAUCUAUUAUCUUCUCAACUUUACUUUUUCUUUCCAUAUAAACAACUCCAUUCAUACUCUUUCUAAGCAGCCAUGGCCACUAAUGAGUUGAAGCUUUUGGGUGGUUGGUACAGUCCAUUUUCAGUGAGAGUGCAAAUCGCCCUUAGCAUCAAGGGUUUGGAUUAUGAGAACAUUGUAGAAAACUUGAAGCUCAAAAGUGACUUGCUUCUUCAGUCCAAUCCUGUAUACAAGAAAAUCCCAGUUCUCAUUCAUGGAGAUAAACCCAUCUGUGAAUCUGCAAACAUAGUUGAGUAUAUUGAUGAAGUUUGGAAAGAUGAUGGUACUCCCUCUAUUCUUCCUUCAAAUACUUAUGAUAAAGCCAUUGCUAGAUUUUGGGUUGCCUACAUCGAUGACAAGUUCUUCAACUCCAUGCGAAAUGGUUUAUUUGCUCAAGAUGAAGACUCAAAGAAGACCUAUUUUGAGCAACUAGAACAAGUUCUUGUGACCUUAGAAGAUGUGAUCAACCAAUGCAGUAAAGGAAAUGACUUUUUUGGAGGAGAUAAGAUUGGAUUUAUUGAUAUUGCUUUAGGAUGCUAUUUGAGUUGGAUGAGGGUGAAAGAGAAACUAACAGGAAAAAUGUUUGAUGAAGCUAAGACUCCUGCAUUGGUGAAAUGGGCUGAGACAUUUGCUGCUCAUCCUGCUGUCAAUGGAAUUCUACCAGAAACUGAUAAGCUCUUGGAGUAUGCCAAAGCUAUGUUACAAAAGUAAUCUUGUUGCAGCUAUUCAUAAAUAGAGAUGGAUUGAGAUAACUUUUGUUUCCACAUUGUUACCUAAUUUGCUUUGUUUUUCCUUCCUCCUUAAAACUUGUCUCUUAAGUACGUAUGGUGUGGUAUGUUUAUAAGUGUUAGUUAAUUAUGAUGAGUUUUUCAAUGAAGCAUAUGAAAAUGGCCCAAAUGAGUGGGUACUUCUCCUAGGAGAAGCUUAUUCUAUUUUA